ACAAUUAGUUUUAGCAACAAUGUUAUGAGUAGUGGAAGACAACAAUACCCUCCACCAAAAGUAUAUCACAUACACAAAGAUGAUUUCAAGAGUGUUGUUCAGCAACUUACAGGUUUAGAUUCUGAUGAAAGUAACAAAAUUCAGAUUCAGAAUAUUAAGCCUCCUCCUCCAUUGGCCAAUCAUGUUCCUUCAUCAGCUGCACCUCCACAGACUACUUACAAUGCACCUUCAUUCCAAUAUCCUUUGAAGCCUAUUUCUGGUCCUCCUCUUAUGGACAUGGGUUGGAGUAAUGUUCCUGACUCACCAAUCUCAGCCUUCAUGAAAACCUUUCAAGAAUCAGAUCAUCUCAUUUUUGAUACUUCAAGAGGUAACCAAUUUCAAACUCAACCACAACCACAACCUCCUUAUUCUCUUCAAACACACAAUGUAACUCAGCCUCAGCCUCAGAGAUACUCAUACACUCUUCAGAAGCAAACACACACUAACAGUAAUAGUACUAUUUAUACUUCUCUUGAUGCUCAGUCUCAGACAUACCGUCUUCAGAUGCAACACAUUUAUCCACUUUAUACUCAACCACCUAUUAUUGUUCAAGGUCAGACACUGACACAAACACAGACACAGACACAGGUGCGUCCCAACAUAGUUGAGUCGUCUCAUCCAUCGUCAGGUGUUUUGUGUCCUACUUCUAUGAAUGCUACCAAUUCUAUUGCUACUAUGAAUGGUAGUAACCAAUUUGUGAGUGGUAUCACUUCUUCUUACACAAAUGGUCCUCAAUCACCAACUUCUCAAUUCCCCUUGCCUUCAUUGACAAGUAACAUGAAUAUGCCAUCCCCUCAAUCACCCAACUUUCAGUUUUCUCCUCCUUCAUCGCCCGAAUACCCUUUCUAUCCGUAUCUGCAUCCGGAGACUUUAGACUCUCCUCAGUCUCCACUUUCUUCAGGAAUUUUUCCUUUCUCAAGUCCUAACCGGUUUGAUCAAUAGCCUUCUCAUGCUUCAUUGAGGAUGCUCCAUUUUAACUGUAUUGUUUUUUGUUCACAGUCUGAUCUUAUCAGAGCUUUUUGUUAUAUUUACUUUAUUCUCAUGUAAAGUACAAGCAAGUUGUAAGAUGUCUUUCAAGUUGCUUGUAGUUGUUUAUUGUCAUUCUUAUGUUUUUUUAUUGCUGAAGAAAAUGGCUGCAAUCCUUAUAGUUUUACAUUAGACUAUUCACUGAAUAUCAUAACUCAAUUUGUUGAGGUUUCUGAUCUUCAUUGUACAAUACACAAGAA